CCAGGCUCCUGGGAUCACCCAGCAUGUGGCGAGGGCUUCUUUUGACAGCCGCUUUCCUCCUUUCUCCACUUCCGGUAAAUUCUAUAAAAGAACUCCCUGGAGUGAAAAACUAUGAAGUGGUUUAUCCCAGAAGACUUCAUCCACUGCAUAAAAGAGAGGUCAAGGAUCCAGGUCAACAGGAAAAAUUUGAAACUGAAUUGAAGUAUGAAAUGACAGUUAAUGGAAAAAUCGCAGUGCUUUACUUGAAGAAAAACAAGGGUCUCCUUGCACCCGGCUACACGGAAACAUAUUAUAAUUCCACUGGAAAGGAGGUCACCAGGAGCCCACAGAUCAUGGAUGACUGUUAUUACCAAGGACACAUCAUUAAUGAAAAGGUUUCUGAUGCUAGUAUCAGCACAUGUAGGGGUCUAAGGGGUUACUUCAGUCAGGGAGAUCAAAAGUACUUCAUUGAACCUUUAAGCCCCACACAUCAGGAUGAACAGGAACAUGCACUCUUCAAGCACGAUCCUGAUGAACAGAAGACUAACAGCAACUGUGGGAUGGAUGACAUGUUAUGGGUACCUGAAAUUCAUCAGAAUGCAGUCCCAUCGGCCACCAGUCUUCUUAAAUCCAAAGACCAGAAGGCUUGGGAACAAAAUAAAUACAUAGAAUAUUUUUUGGUCCUGGAUAAUGGUGAGUUUAAAAAGUACAAUCAAGAUCAAGAGGAAAUAAGAAAGAGGGUGUUUGAGAUGGUCAAUUACAUCAACAUGCUUUAUAAAAAGCUCAAUAUUCAUGUUGCCUUAAUUGGGAUGGAAAUCUGGAAUGACAAGGAUAAGAUAAAGAUAUCCCCCAAUGCAAGCCUCACCUUGGAAAAUUUUGCUAAGUGGAGGGGGGGUGUCCUCCUAAGAAGAAAGCGUCAUGAUGUUGCUCAGUUAAUCACGGCAAGUGAAUUUUCUGGAACAACUGUGGGCCUUGCUUUCAUGUCUACAAUGUGCUCUCCGUAUCAUUCUGUUGGCAUUGUUCAGGACCACAGUCACAACGUGCUCAGCAUUGCAGGGACCAUGGCCCAUGAAAUGGGCCAUAACUUCGGAAUGUUUCAUGACACCUAUGCUUGCAAGUGCCCUUCUACAGUAUGUGUGAUGGACAGAGCACUAAGCUUCUAUAUACCUACGGACUUCAGUUCCUGCAGCCGUGUCAGCUAUGAAAAAUUCUUGGAAGAUAAAUUAUCCAAUUGCCUCUUUAACGUUCCGCUGCCUACAGAUAUCAUAUCCACCCCAAUCUGUGGGAACCAGUUGUUAGAAAUGGGAGAAGACUGUGACUGUGGGACCCCCGAGGAAUGUACCAACGUUUGCUGUGAUGCAAAAACAUGUAAAAUCAAAGCAAAUUUUCAAUGUGUGGUAGGGGAAUGCUGUGAAAAAUGCCAGUUUAAAAAGGCUGGUGAGGUGUGCAGACCAGCAAAAGAUGAGUGUGACCUGCCCGAAACGUGUGAUGGCAAAUCUGGUCUCUGCCCGGAUGAUCGAUUCCAGGUCAAUGGCUUCCCUUGCCAAAAUGGGAAGGGCUACUGCUUGAUGGGGAUGUGCCCCACCCUGGAGGAGCAGUGCACCAAGCUAUGGGGACCAGGAACCCAGGUUGCAGAUAAGUCAUGUUUUAGCAGGAAUGAAGAUGGGUCAAGUUACGGGUACUGUCGAAAAGUGGAUGACACACGCAUUCCCUGUAAAGCAAAUGAUGCCCUGUGUGGGAAGUUGUUCUGUAAUGGUGGGUCAGAUUAUCUGCUCCGGAAAGGACAUAUAAUAACGUUCCUGACAUGUAAAACAUUUGAACCUGAAGACAGCAGUCAAGAAAUCAGCAUAGUAGCCAAUGGAACCAAGUGUGGAGAGAAUAAGGUUUGCAUUAAUGCAGAAUGUGUGGAUGUCGAAAGAACUUACAGAUCGGCCAAUUGCUCCUCUAAAUGCAAAGGACAUGCUGUGUGUGACCACAAGCUCCAAUGUCAGUGUAAAGAAGGAUGGGCCCCUCCUGAUUGUGGUGGUUCUUCCAUGGUCUUCAAUUUCUCCAUUGUGGUUGGGGUGCUGUUCCCUGUGGCCGUCAUAUUUGUGGUGGUUGCUAUAGUAACCCGAUACCAAAGCACCAGAGGAAAGCAGAAGGAAGUCCAGAGGCCACUGUCUACCACUGACACCGGGCCAUACAAGCAGAAGAGGAAACCACAGACGGCGAAGGCUGUUCAACCCCAAGAGAUGAAGCUUGACACACCUGAGCUCCUGGCAGAGAAGGAUGCGCCUCCAGCUUCUGUUCUAAUUACGAAGCCAGAUUUUUCUCCACCGCUGAUUCCUACAUCUGUGUCAUUCUCUUUCCUUGGCUCCAAUCCAAAAGUCUGAAGUAACAGCUAAGCAAGGAUUGGUGGGUAAAUGAUCAACUUAGAAGACUGGACCAUCUGGAUGGAAAAGAAAUGUACUAAUAUUGCUCUUGACACUCAAGGACGUUACUAUUUCUUGAUUAUACUUUGAAGACAUAAAACUUUCAAGAGAGACAUACUCUUGAUAAUCUUUGUAUGAAUUAAAAUUUUCUGUUCUCUAUACUCAGGGGAAAGAGGAUGGCUCUAAAGAAAGAGUUAUAAAGCUGAAAUCUCUAAUUAGGUGAAUUUCCUAACCUUUCCCACCCCCCACCCCUGCUUUUUUACUGUGAUGUUGACUAAUAUUUGUUAAAGGGUUUUGAGCACCUUGAUUUUCUCAUUCAGUAGGAAUUAAUUCACCCUCUAAUGAAAACAAAAAACAAGAAAUCACAGGAAACUGGGAAGGAUGGGAGAAAAUUGUAUACUCCUCAUUGGAUGACUAGCAAUAGCUUAACUGUUUUAACCCUGAAACUGUCAAAUUAGAACCCUCAGUUACAAAGAAAAUUAUACAAACAUGCUCUGGUUUAUAUCAUGUCUUUUUCCUACCCUACAUUAUCAUCUUCUGGAAUUCUUAUUAGCUGUGUCAUUGGAAGUUCACUACAACUGAUUAAGACUUUAUUAAUUAAAUUGUUUUUUCAUAGAAAUUUGUAUAAUUCAGUUACUGGUAAGCUUAAAGUGAACAUUACUUUCUAAGUAGUUUUAGUAGAAACUUAGUAGUA